AUGGCGACUCUGAACAACAUUGCUCAAAAUUUACAGAACAAGAGUAUCUUCAUCACGGGCUGCACUGGGUUUCUUGCAAAGAUAUUUGUGGAGAAGAUACUGAGAGUUCUACCGCAAGUGAAACGUUUGUACCUUCUGAUCCGUGCCCCUGAUGCCAAAUCUGCCAAACAUCGCCUGGACACCCAGGUGAUAAGCAAGGAGUUGUUCAGAGUCUUGAGAACUAAACAUGGAGACGAAUUCAAUUCCUUCAUUUCCGAAAAGCUUUGCCCUGUCGCCGGUGAUAUGGCAGUGGAGGACUUGGGGAUCCAAGAAACUCAUCUCAAAGUGGUGAUCAUGAGGGAAGUCGAUAUUAUCGUAAAUGUUGCUGCAACUACCACCUUUGAUGAAAGGUACGACAUAGCGUUGAACAUCAAUGCCUUGGGAGCUGAUCGACUGAUGGCCUUUGCUCAACGAUGCCACAGACUGCAGAUGUUCCUCCAUGUCUCCACAGCCUAUGUUUGUGGAUCCAACUCCGGCUUGAUUAUGGAGAAACCAAUCCGAAUAGAGGAAACACCAAACGGAGAGUCUAAUCUUGACAUAGAAAAGGAGCUGCAGCUGGUGGAGAAGAAACUAGAGGAGCUCCAAGCUAGAGGAGUUGAGAAGGCGGAAGAAACAGCAGCUAUGAAAGAGUUAGGCCUCAAUAGGGCAAGGUCUUUUGGUUGGCCUAAUUCAUAUGCAUUUACGAAGGCCAUGGGAGAAAUGCUGAUCGGUGAGUCCAGAAGAGAUCUGCCGCUGGUGAUCAUCCGUCCAACCAUAAUCGAAGCCACUUUGGCAGAUCCUUUCCCUGGCUGGAUUGAAGGUUUCAGAACUGCAGGAAGCGUAAUCAUGAGCUAUGCCAAGGGCAAGUUGAAAUGUUUCCCUGCAAAUGCGGAACUCCCUAUGGAUGUGAUCCCUGCAGACAUGGUGGUGAAUGCUAUGGUGGUUUCAAUGGUGGUACAUUCACGACAAUCUGCAUCAUUCAUCUACCAUGUUGGAUCGAGCAAACAAAAUCCAACGAGUAAUUCCGUACUGGCAAAUUGCGCUUACCGCUACUUCUCUAGUAAUCCAGUCAAAGGGAAGGAUGGCAGGGCCAUUAGCAUCGACCAACCUUUCUUCUACACUAGCAUGGAUAAUUUCAGAAAGUACAUGAACUUCUACUAUAAUAUGCCCUUACAGGCUUUGAGGCUGGCAAAUCUUGCACUGUUCAAUAUUUGUGGUCGCUUGCUCAAGGAUCUCACAAGGAAGUAUAAUUUCAUCAUGUACUUGGCUGAGCUCUACGAACCCUACGUCUUCUUUGAUGGAAGAUUUGACGAUAGCAACACGGAGGGAUUGAGGAAGGCCAUGAAAGCCGGUGGCAUGGAGGAGGGUUGGUUCAACUUCGAUCCCAAGUGUAUUAACUGGGAAGAAUAUUAUAUGAAGGUGUACUACCCAGGACUUGUGCGAUAUGCGAUGAUGCAGAAGUGA